ACGGCGUCCUAUCGAUUUUCGACAAUAAAUCCCGAUGGCGCCGCAUCUCCCAGAGCUGCGGGGGGAUGUUGAUGAGCUGCGCCAGCUGCUCGAAGAUGAGGAGCUAGGCCAGGCGCUGCGGAGAAGGUACUGGCCCCACUGGCUGCACCUGGGUUGGAUCGCCUCCACCUUCGGCGCCGCCUUGAAAGGCAUCCCGGUGCUGAAGAGUCUGCGUGUCUCCGAGGAGCGAGAGCUGACCCUAAAGGACGGCGGCACGGUGUCGCUGGACUGGUGGCGGGGGCUCAAGACUGGGCGCCCGGUGGUGCUGGUGCUGCCGGGCAUGGCCAACAGCAGCCGCAGCAUCUACGUGCGCUACACGAUGGCCAAGCUUGAGGAGGCGGGUUUCCAGGCGGUGGCCAUGAACUACCGCGCCGUGGAGCAUCUGGAGAUCACCUCCCCACGCCUGGGCUGCGCGGAUAGCUGGAAAGACCUGCCGGAGGUCCUGGACGUCAUUGAGGCCGCGUGUCCAGGGCAGCCCAUCCUCGCCAUGGGCUUUUCCAUGGGCGGCACGAUCCUCACCAAGUACCUGGGCGAGACGGGCGCCGGCAGCCGGCUCCGCGCCGCGGUGGCGGUGAGCUGCCCCAUGGCCUACCCGGAGCACUAUGCGGAGCUGGAGCGACGCAAGUUCCUGAGCUUUCUGAUGGCGCAGCCGCUGAAGAUGUGGCUCUGGAAGAAGCGGGAGCAAGUGGCGAAGCAAUGGCCGCACUGCGACAUGAAGCAGGUGAUGCUAAGCACCUCCCUGCUCACGGUUGCGGGCUACUUCUUUGAGCACCAGGGCUACCACAACGUGGAGGAGUACUUCCGCCAGAACGACCCGGAGCCGGUCCUGUCGCGGAUCGCCUGCCCCGUGCUGAUAUUGGGAGCCAAGGACGACCCGCUCAUGCAGCCGGUGCCUCGCGAGACGAUCCGCCAGAACCCCCGGCUGCUGCUGGUGGAGACAAAGGACGGCGGACACAUGGGAUGGGCGGGCUGGGGCCAGCUGGGCCCCAGCAUCUUCGGAGCCUCCUGGGCUGAUGGCCUGGCAGCGCGCUUCUUGUCCUUCCACGUGAAGACCUUGCCGCCACGCUCGCGCCUCUGACGACACGAACGGACCGCGGCAACCGUGGCAUUUGAGACGCGGGACGUUGCAGUUUUUCGCCGGAG